AUGGUAUCGAAGAGUAAAAAGAUUUUAGAGGAGAUUCAUCCCUUACACAUUAUUCGUGAAGUUCAAAAAUGGCCAGUGUUAUAUACGAAAGAUAGUGUAGAGCGCGCGAAUCAGCAUUUCAAAAAUAAAAUUUGGAGGGAAAUCGCUAAAUCACUGUUUGCCGAUUGGGACUCUUACAACGAAAUGGAGCAAGAUUGCAAAAUUACAGACUUAACAAAGAGAUGGCGAAAUUUACGCGACACGUUCAAAAGACAACUUUGUACCGAGAAAAGAAUUAGAGAAGGCUGCAACAUAAAGAGAAAAACAUAUGUAUACUUUAAACACAUGCUUUUUUUACUACCACAUAUUUCUACCCCCGAAAGUGAAACGCGUGACCCCGUAUUAGAACCUAAAUUAAACGAAUAUUUUAGCAAGCGCGAUAAGAGAAAAGCUUCAACGAAAGAAAAAGAAGGAAAGAGAAAGAAAUUAGCAUCUAAACCAGAUCUAGAAGGAGUUAGUGUAGAAAAAAAUGAAAUAGAUGAGGAUAAGCAUUUUCUAAUGUCAUUAAUACCGUCAUUUAAAAAGAUGUCGGAUGACGAAAAACUUACAGCAAAAGUUGAGAUUUUAAAAGUAAUAAAGGAUAUACGAAGUAAAUCGGUCACAGUAGAAUGUAAUAUACCAGUAGCAGACUCACUUGCACUUAAUAUGGAGGACAAUGAUUUAAGUGGGAUUAAAAUAGAGAUGUUACAUUCUGAAUUAGACGAAAACAUAUCGAAUACAGAAACCGAAAGUGAUGAAAGUUCCGAU